UUUGAUAAAACCCAAUGCUCCCACAACCAAUCCGAUCCACUUUGCCAUUCAAACCAUCCGAAAUGCCUGUCAUAAGUGCGUUGCUCUGGUCGGCGGUAGUGCUGCUGCUAUCGUACCGCUUCUAUCUGAACCGCAUCAAUCGGCCACUUAACUAUCCCCCGGGACCAGCGGUACGAUUUACCCCACUCCAAGACUACGCUCUGCUGUUGCUGCUCAACCAUCGCCAUCUGCAUCGGGCCGCAUCUCGGCUGGCCCACUUCUACCGCACCAAAGUGCUCGGCCUCUUCCUGACAGGUCUUCCGGCCGUCGUCGUGCGGGAUGGUGAGAUCGCUCGGAAGCUGUUAACGCGCCGUGAGCUAGACGGCCGGCCGGAUCUAUUUCUGGCCCGGAUGCGGCAAAAAGAGUUCCAUCUGCGGGGCAUCAAUUUCAUCGAUGGACCGGGAUGGAAGGAUCAGCGUCGGUUUUUCUUGCGGCAUUUGCGCGACAAUGGUUUCGGGCGGCGAUCGGAACAGUACGAGCAGGAGAUGGAAAAGGAACUGUGGAAGCUGGUGGGCCAGCUAGCGAGCGAUCAGCGGUACGGGUACGAGCGUGACUUUAUGCGGGACGAGGGAGCAGUUAAAUGUCCGGAUGUGUUUUUGGUGACGCUUGCGAAUAUUUUUCUGCAUGUAACGAUCGGUGAGCGGUACGAUCGAGAGAGGGCAAAAUCGCUGUUGGUAGCCGGAAGGAAGGCAAUGCUCUUCGCACGAAAUGCCGAUGACUAUGGCACGAUCUACACCUACCUUCCCUGGUUGCGGUUUGUGUUUCCAUUUACGAUCAAGUACAGCAACAUUCGCAGCGGCAUGAUGGGUGUGAACCAGCUGCUAGAAACUAUCAUCGACAAGCAGUUGCAAACGUUUGACCCGAACAACCCGCGCCACUUUGUGGAUGUGUAUCUGCGCGAGAUGCAAAACCAUGUGCCGCAGCGCAAUGAGACAACAUUUCAGUAUGACCAGCUGGUUUUAGGAUUGGCUGAUUGUUUCAUCCCAUCAACCGCGGGCACCGCAGUCCAACUAUCAAUGCUGCUCGAGCGACUCCUACUCAAUCCAACCGUUGUCCGGCGGAUACAGAAGGAGAUUGAUGAGGUUGUUGAUAGCGACCGACUUCCCACGCUAAACGAUCGUGUCAAUCUACCGUACACGGAGGCAACGAUCCGAGAAGGACUGCGAAUAGAUACGCUCAUCCCCUCGGGUAUAGUGCACAGGGCACAGCAACCGAUCCAGUUUGAAGGGUAUAGCGCACCGGAGAAUACGCUCUUCCUGUUCGAUCUGGAUUGUGUCAACAAUCAGCCGGAGGUGUGGGGCGAUCCACGCACCUUUCGGCCGGAUCGUAUGCUGGACGAGAAGACGGGCAUGCUGGCACUGUCAAAGGACCGUUCGCUAACAUUUAGCGUGGGCAGGCGAGAGUGCCCCGGUCAGACGUACACGCGCAAUGUGAUGUUUUUAAUUGUGGCCACACUGGUGCAGCGUUUCGAGCUACUCCCGCUACAAGCAGACCGUUUGCCGGACUUAUCGAAACGGCAGACCGGUUUGUUGCACGGACCGGAAGAUUUUUGGGUGCGUUUUGUCCCUCGGCGAACGAGCGUAGCAGCAGAUCAAUAAAAAAACAAUAAUGCAC